UAUUUAUUUGGGCCACAAAUAAAGCCCAUAUUGUUCUGUAAUAAAAAACCCUAAUAGCCCCUUUAAAAAGCUAAUUUAGGGCUUGGGCAGCUGUUGACGUAGUCGCAUCGAGAGAUCUUAGGAAGCAGCAAAAAAUGGCGGUCCCGUUGCUUACCAAGAAGGUCGUGAAGAAGAGGUCCGCCAAGUUCAUCAGACCCCAGAGCGACCGUAGAAUCACUGUCAAGGAAAGCUGGAGGAGGCCAAAGGGUAUUGACUCUCGGGUCAGAAGAAAGUUCAAAGGUGUCACGUUGAUGCCCAAUGUUGGUUACGGAUCUGACAAGAAGACCCGUCACUAUCUCCCCAAUGGAUUCAAGAAGUUCGUUGUUCACAACACGAGUGACCUCGAGUUGUUGAUGAUGCACAACAGGACUUACUGCGCAGAGAUUGCUCACAACGUCUCUACCAAGAAGAGGAAGGCCAUUGUCGAGAGAGCUUCUCAGCUGGAUAUUGUUGUCACCAACAGGCUUGCUAGGCUCCGUAGCCAAGAAGACGAGUGAAGAUUACAAAGCGCUUGAGAUAUUUAGUUGUUUCUGGUUUGUUGCAUUUCGUUAUGUGUUUUGUGUUUGCACUCAACAAACAUGAAUUUUUGUUUUAAGACCGUUCUUGAAGUAUUUUAUAUUCAGUAUUUCUCAAUCGUUAGGCCUUUAAUGGUCU